AUGUGCCUGGCAUACCUCGACGAUCGACCUCAGCAAGCUCUACUACAGAUCCGCGGAAUGCAUCUAUUGAUCGGCGAGCCCCUGUACCACGAAGAUGGCGGGCUUAUCGCCGACCCCCUUUGGCCCCAGUGGGGUCAAUUGUGCGCCGAACUUUCCACAAAGCUAUCCCUUCACCAGCUGGUUUUAUCUGUCAGCGGGACAGUCCCCGGCUUCAAGACAAUAAAUACCGGCAACGGCGGUCUUCAACCCCGGGCGUAG